AAAGGCAGGACAAGAGUGCAGAGAGCGCCGUGAAAGCCACACACAUACGCAAGUCUUCCGAGAUGAGCUAUACUCUGGAAACGAUAGGGAGCCCAUCUUAUAGGAGGAUGAUGGACACCAGGACCAGUUACAGCCGCUCCAGCACAACCCCGUCCAGCGGAUUCCACUCCCAGUCCUGGUCCCGAGGUAGUCCCAGUAGCUCGCGCUCAUCUUCCUUUAAGAGAACCAACUUUGCCGUUCCCAGAGCGUACAGCUCCACUGUCCACAGCUCUUCCAACAGCCUUGAUUUCAGCCAGUCCUCAGUACUCAAUGGGGACUACAAGCGAUCCAAUGAGAAGGAGCAGCUCCAAGGGCUCAACGACCGUUUUGCCGGCUACAUUGACAAAGUGCAUUACCUGGAGCAGCAAAACAAGGAGAUCGAGGCUGAAAUCAAGGCUCUGCGGCAGAAGCAAGUCACCCAUUCCCAGCUUGGAAAUGUGUACGACCAGGAGCUCGGUGAGCUUAGAGCCGUCCUGGAGCAAGUGAACCACGAGAAAGCACAGAUCCAGCUGGAUACUGACCACAUCGAGGAAGACAUCCAUCGCCUUAAGGACAGGUAUGAAGAAGAGGUGAGGGUUAGGGAAGACACCGAAGCCACCAUCCGCGCUAUGAAGAAAGAUGUAGAAGAUUCCGCUUUGGUCAAAGUUGAGCUUGAUAAACGGGCGCAAUCCCUGCAAGAUGAAAUAGCUUUUCUUAAAAAUAACCACGAGGAAGAGGUAGGCGAUCUUCUCGCUCAGAUCCAGUCUUCCCAAGUCACAGUCGAGAUGAAGGACUACCUGAAGACUGACAUCACCUCUGCCUUGAAGGAGAUCCGCUCCCAGCUCGAAGGGCACUCUUCACAGAACCUGCAGCAGGCGGAAGAUUGGUUCAAGUGCCGUUACUCAAAGCUGACCGAGGCGGCUGAUCAGAACAAGGAGGCCAUAAAAUCCGCCCGGGACGAGAUCUCAGAGUACAGGCGACAGCUGCAGUCCAAGAGCAUCGAGCUCGAGUCCGUCAGAGGAACAAAGGAGUCUCUGGAGAGGCAGCUGAAUGACAUUGAGGAUCGCCACAACAGCGACCUGACUAGCUACCAGGAGACGAUCCAUCAGCUCGACAACGAGCUGAAAGGAACGAAAUGGGAAAUGGCGCGUCACUUGAGGGAAUACCAGGACCUGCUCAAUGUCAAGAUGGCUCUGGAUAUCGAAAUCGCAGCAUACAGGAAGCUCCUGGAGGGUGAAGAGACUCGCUUCAGCUCAUUCUCAGGCAGCAUCACUGGUCCAUCAUUCCCAUACAGACAACCAUCAGUGCCCGUAACCCCAGCCAAAAUCCAUAAAUCAAAAGCUGAGCCCCCCAAGUUGAAAGUCCAACACAAGUUUGUGGAGGAAAUCAUUGAGGAGACCAAGGUGGAAGAUGAGCAGUCUGAGAUGGACAUGGCCUUGGCUGCCGUAGCAGAGGAGCUGGCUGCUGAACCUGCAGAGGAAGAGGCAGAAGAGGAAGGAGAAGAGGAGCAGGAGGAAGGAGCCAAGGAAGAGGAGGGACAGGAAGCAGAGGAGGCUGUUGAAGAAGAGGUGGUAGCCAUCUCAAAGGCAGCAGUAAGUGCCAGCGCCCCUGAGGCUGAGGCAGAGGAGGAGGAGGCUGCUAAAGAAGAUGAAGAGGAAGGCGAGAAAGAGGAGGGAGCAGAAGAAGAGGAAGAAGCUGAGAAGGAAGAAGCUGAGAAGGAAGAAGGUGAGGAAACAUUGGAAACAGCUGAGGCUGAUGAAGAGGAAGGAGAAGCAGAGGGAGAAGAGAAGGCAGAGGAGGAAGAAGAAGCAGCAGGAGAGGAAGAAGAAGGAGAAAAGGAAGAGGAGAGUGAGGCUGUUGUAGAAGAGGCCAUUGUGGUGGAGAAGAUUGAGAGCACCAAAACCUCCAUACAAGAAACCAAGCCAGAAGAAGAACAGAAAGAGGCAAGUGAGGGUGAGGAAGAGAAAGAAAGUGAGAAAGAAGGAGAGCAGGAACAGGCAGAAGAAGAAACAGCAGAAACUGAGACCAAAGAUGAAGGCAAGGCAGAAUCAAAGGAGGACUCUGGAGAAGAGUCUGAAGACAAAAAGGGAGAUGAGGAUGAGACCGCAGAAGAGGAAAAAGAGUCCAAGGAGGAGGCUGAAGAGGAGACUGUCUCCAAGAGUGAGGCAGGCGAAGUAGGGUCUGAAAAAAAGGAAUCCGAAGGUGAGGCUGUUGAAGAGGUAGCAUCAGAUGCUGCACAGAAGGAAGACACAGCCAUCAAUGGAGAGGUGGUGGAGAAUGUUGAAGAAGGCUCAGGUGGAGAGCAACAAGAUGAGGAAGAGAAGGCUGUGGUCACCAAUGGAGUAGAUGAGAGCCCUUCUGCAGAGGAUAGCAGUCAGAAGGUGGUCAUCACCAAGACCGUGGAAACAAUUACCACCACAGGAGAUGGAGAUAAACAGAUCACCAAGUCUGUGACAGUCACCCAGACCAUGGAAGAGGUGGAGCAGGUUCUGGAGGAGAAGCUGGUGUCCACAAAGAAGGUGGAGAAGGUCACAUCCCAGUCCAUAAAGCAAGUGACUGAAAGCGAGUGAAAACUGCUGCUGUAGAGAAAACUAACAUAGAGAAAGCCAUAUGAUAUGACAGCUAAAAAAAAUGCAUGUGAGUGACAGCUUUAACAGGCUUCAAGCAGAAAUGGUUCUCUCAUGGGAGGGGUGAAUACUCUGUAAUUUACUUUGUGCAAUAUGAGGGGGAAUGCAUGCAAGCUCUUGAAGUGUGCCCUCCACAAAGCUUGGGAAAAUUAAGUGAAAAUACAUAUUAAUAUGGGUGAUUUUAAAAAAAGAACAACAAUAAAUCAAAUGCAUGAAAGAUGUACUUCAAAGGGGUAUUUCCUGAGUUGCUGGAGGGUCACUUCUGAGAAAAAGAUUAUGCAAAGAACCAACUGAGCCAAAAAAUUAAGAUGAUAAGAAACAAAACUCCUAGCCUUAAGAAAUGCUAUUUAUUGUUGUUUAUUAUGUUUACCUCAAGAGUGCAAUUAAAAAAGUGGACUUUUAUUCAUGGGGGAACCUUACUGACAUGUGACUCAUGUAACAUCUCACAGCAGCAUUCGCACAAUAAAGAACAUAUUGAAAGUG